AUGGAGAAGGAAGAAGAGAGUAAAGACAUGGUCAUGAGCCCUAAGCAGGCUUCAUCAACACCCGCCGCACCCACGAGGCCCAGGAAGCGCAGCGGCGCCCUGGGGCUCCUCCGGGCCGUGCUCUUCGUGACCCGGCAGUCGACAUCAAAGAAGGUGGCGCCUGCGCAGGCCAAUGAGGUGGUGCGGUCAGGGAGGACGAGCUUCUGGAAGAGUUUAGUAGCCGGCGUGCGUCCCCUCCACCACCACCAGCUUGAGCACCAAGAGGUAGCGCCGCCAGAGCCGGUGGCGGCCCUGCCGCUGACGAAGGUGGACUACUUCCACGAGGUUUUCACCCCCGCGACAUCGCCGCUGCACUCGUCGGUCGAUGGCAUGAGCAGGUAUGCGUCCGCAGAAGACCUCCAUGCACUCGACACAGGCGAAGAUGGCAAGCGUGAUGCCGAGAAAGAUGGUGGUGAUGAUAGAGGUGAUGCAGAGCCGAAUGAGAUUGAUGUAAAGGCCGAGGAGUUCAUUGCGAGGUUCUACGAGCAGCAGCUUUUGGAGUCGAUUGCACUGCAGGGAUAA